AUGGUUGCCUCCAAAAUCAGUGUGAAGCGGGACAUUCAGGAAAAUGAUGAAGAGGCUGUGCAGGUUAAAGAGCAGAGCAUCCUGGAACUGGGAUCACUCCUGGCCAAGACAGGACAGGCUGCAGAGCUUGGGGGCCUCCUGAAGUAUGUGCGACCCUUCUUGAACUCCAUCAGCAAGGCAAAGGCAGCUCGUCUGGUCCGAUCCCUCUUGGACUUGUUCCUUGACAUGGAAGCAGCCACAGGGCAGGAGGUUGAGCUAUGCUUAGAGUGCAUUGAAUGGGCCAAAUCAGAGAAGAGGACUUUCUUGCGCCAGGCUCUGGAGGCGAGGCUGGUGUCUUUGUACUUUGAUACCAAGAGGUACCAAGAAGCAUUGCAGUUGGGUUCUCAGUUGCUGAGAGAAUUAAAAAAGAUGGAUGACAAGGCCCUUUUGGUGGAAGUGCAGCUCUUGGAAAGUAAAACAUACCAUGCCCUGAGUAAUCUUCCCAAAGCGAGAGCUGCCUUAACAUCUGCUCGAACCACAGCCAAUGCCAUCUACUGCCCUCCUAAGUUGCAGGCUACCUUGGACAUGCAGUCAGGUAUCAUCCAUGCGGCAGAAGAGAAGGACUGGAAAACAGCAUACUCGUAUUUCUAUGAGGCAUUUGAGGGCUAUGACUCCAUCGAUAGCCCCAAGGCCAUCACAGCACUGAAGUACAUGCUGCUCUGCAAAAUCAUGCUCAACACACCAGAAGAUGUUCAAGCCUUAGUGAGUGGGAAGCUUGCACUGCGGUAUGCAGGAAGGCAGACAGAAGCAUUAAAAUGUGUGGCUCAGGCUAGCAAGAAUCGAUCGCUGGCAGACUUUGAAAAGGCACUGACAGAUUACCGGGUAGAACUCCGGGAUGACCCCAUUAUCAACACUCACCUGGCCAAGCUGUAUGAUAACUUAUUGGAACAGAAUCUGAUCCGGGUGAUUGAGCCCUUUUCCAGAGUACAGAUUGAACAUAUAUCCAGCCUCAUCAAACUCUCUAAGGCCGAUGUGGAAAGGAAACUGUCACAGAUGAUUCUUGACAAGAAAUUUCAUGGGAUCCUGGACCAGGGGGAGGGAGUCCUGAUUAUUUUUGAUGAACCUCCAGUAGAUAAAACUUACGAAGCUGCUCUGGAGACGAUUCAGAAUAUGAGUAAAGUAGUGGAUUCACUCUACAACAAAGCCAAGAAACUGACAUAGAGUUGGAUUUGGUAGCUGUCGUUUGGAGAGUGUGUGUGGCAGGAGAGUGAAACCUUUGGGGAAAAUGCUAGGAGAUUUUUUUUCUUUUUGUUCUACUUUUCGCUCGGAAAGUUUUUAAAUUUCCUCAUUCGGUGCAUCUGUAUUCCAGCCGAUAGGUGUGCCAGUUUCCAUGUAAUCUUUACUGGCCCAACUUGGGAGUGGGGAAUAUUGUUUAAAAAAAAAAAAAGAAAAAAAAAGAGGUUAUUCUAAAUAAAAAGAAAAAGGCUUACACUACCUAAAAGCUGUGCUCUCUGCCUCCUGGGAGAGGGCCACAAAGGCGGGCAUCAUGGCCAACCACCAGGGUACAGGCUCCAUCCGCCGGGCUGUCUCUCUUCUCCUCUUUGUCAAUUGGAUAUCUGCUGACCGUCCAAAGCAGCCAACUUGAUAUUCUGUUUGUACUGAACCAAAACAAACGACGGUGUGUGUAGACUGCGAUUUUCUUUUCUAUUGGAAAUGAGGCACCUCAGUGUUCUUUCCCCUGCUGGGCUUCCCUACCCUUUGAUCCCCCAAGAAAGUGGCUCCAGCACCCUGUCCUGAUGGGCUUGGCAGCUCCAGUUUGUGGGGCCUGGAGCCAGCCUCCAUCAUGGCCAGCCACUCAAGGGAUACAUUGCAGGCCCUUCAGAACCCCGGGGCCUGCUGUGCAUGUGGCUCUUAUUCUUUUUAAAACUCAAACAGAAAACUAGACUAGACUUCAGUGUUUUAACGGCCCCUUUGUCCCUGGCGUACCCCACACCCCAGUCAAUAGUGGAGGCCGUCAGAUGUCUCCUCCUUCCUCCCCACCUUUCUCCUGGCAGUCUCUGUGUGGAGGAGAGAGGCUCGGCUUCUCUUGUCUCAUCUUCUCCCAUUUCUCCUGCUGUCAGAUGGAUUUAUUCCUUUUUUAAAACAAUGAACAUUGGAAAUGAGACUGUGGGGGUGUCUUUAGGGUUUUUUUUCUUUUGUAACUUUUUUUGGGGGGGUGUAGUGGGGGUGGGGUUUCAAAUGACCUCAUGUCACCCUCCCAGAGAGCUUAUUUAUUUACCUCUUAAAAAUCAAAUUGGUGGGAGGCGGAGCACUGUAUUCCAGCAUGUUUUGUUUUAUGAUGAGAUUACUCAGCAAGGUUUUAAUGCCAUUUGGGCAGUGUAAGCUUCUGCAUCUUUGUUGUGUUGAAUUCUCUUAUUCUUCUUUUCAUCUUUCUCACCUGUGCCCAUUCUCUUUCUCUGGUCUGAUCUCUUUUCAUCUCUUCUG